CCCCCCCCCCCCCCCCCACAACUCCUCUUUCUCUUUUUACAUUUCAUUUCUCUCUUUCUCUAGCACAACUUCACUUCUCCUUCUCUUUCGCUUCUCUCUCUUACGUAAUAAUAUAAUUAAUUAAUAAUAAAAAAUAGAAUAUGAGGGCUUCUCAUUCCCUUCCCAAUUAAACAGAUAAUCAACAUAGCCACACCAGCUAGCUCCCCCACAAAACCCCAUCUUAUAUCGUCCCCAAGUAGCCAGACUGUGUUGCUGCGCAUAUAUAUUUCAUAUUUCCUAGAGAGACCCAAAAGACAAACUAAGUAUUGUUUUGUUCUUGUGACGAAAUCCAAAAAGAACAUCUCUUCUUGGGCUCUCUGCGCACAACUUCAUUGCAUUUUUAUUUUUAUUUUCAUUUACAUAUUUUUUGUUUUUUGUUUUUUAGGAAGCAUUAUUCAUAGACGUCCUUGGAAGGUGGGGGCUGUUGCUCAGUGUUUCGGGUUUUGGCAUUGGGUCCCUUACCCAUUUCUUUUUCUAUUUUUGUUCCUUUUUUUGCAGAAUACAUUGUCUGCCUCAUUUCUGAGAAACACCUCCCCACAAAGGCUUAUUUUCAUUUUGUUUCCAUUUAGAUUUCAGAAAUCAGAAUUCUGGAUUUUCGUAUUCCUUUAAUUUCUUCAUUCUCUGUAUAGGACUUUUCUCUAUCAUUCUCUUCGUUAUUAAGAAAAUUCCCUGAAACUCCUGGUGAAUGAUAAUUAGUAGCUAUCACAGAGAUUGAGUAGCUACUAGAUUUUACAUAAAUUAAGGAGUUUUAAGACACUGUUUGUUUCUGACCAGAAACUAGCUAAGAAAAAGAAAGCAGCGACUUGCAGUUUGUGUAAGAUUACUGCAUGUGGAAAUUUGAAUCUUCUAAAUCCUAAACACCCUUUGAAACUUUCUGGCAUAACCCGGAAUUCUCUUUUGUUUUUUCUCGAUUGGUUAAAUUAUUUAUAAGAAGAAGACAGAAGAAAUUAAUAGUAGCCAAGAAAGUUUAAGACAGAAGAAGAUGUCUGCAAAGUUCAUAUAUUCCAUGACAGAUGAAAACCCAGAUCUACAUAAGCAGAUUGGUUGCAUGAAUGGAAUUUUUCAGCUCUUUGACCGCCAUCGAUUCCUUUCGAGCAGGCGCAUCAAUGGCCACAUUCACAAAGGACUUCCUCAAGGUCAAAAUAAUCAGCAAGCAGUACAGCCCAACAGCCCACAGCAGAAAGUUACAGAAAAGAAUACAAAGAAGGUCGUCAAAGAAAAACGAAGAAUCUCCACAGAAUCAUCAAGGACUUCGUUUUCUUCAUCAUCUUGUUCAUCCAGCUUCUCAUCUGUUGACUAUAACAGAACAACACACAUAGAACAUUCUCAGUCCAGCCAGACGUCUUUUGCAGAAACGCCUACCAGGGAUCUGUUGAUCAAUAAGCCAAACGCUUCUAAGCAGUCAAGCCGGCAAUCCCUCAAUCUUCGUGAUGCUGUCAAAGACUCCCUGCACAGAGAAGUCCGUGGUGUAUCACUUAAAACUGCAACUAAGGAUGCAGUUGUUCAGACCUUGAAAUACAUAGAUUCCCCCAGGCCUUCACAACCCCAAAAAUCUGUCAAACCAAGAUUCUCAGGCCUCAAUGUGUCAUUGCGGGUUUACGAAGAAAAGGAUGGUUGUACACAUUCAACACCAAGGGAAAUUCGAAGGCUCUCUUAUGAUGAAAAAGAAUCACGAGAUAUGCUCAAAUCCACCAUGAAGCUCAAAGAACUUCCAAGGCUAUCACUGGACAGCAGAGAACGCCCCGUAAGGGGUUCUACAUGUGAACCAAAGUCAAAUUAUCUCCGAAAGGAUCUGCAGCAGGAGAAAAUGAACUGCAAUGAAAUGAUUAAUCUGCAGCAAGAACCAGGGAGUUCUAAACGACCUUCUUCUUUCAUUGUAGCAAAGUUGAUGGGAUUGGAAACUUUCCCAGAGUCAACGUCAACCCACAAUGACUCAUUAAGGCUGACUAGUACCUGUCAAACUGAUAAAUAUGAUCCCUUAGCAAGAUCAUCACGAGCAAGCAAUGAAAACAGGACAGAUCCUUUUUCUGGAUCGUCAAGAAAUUCCCACAAGGCUGCAGCUUCUCUCCAGAUGAAAAAUGCUGAUGCAGUCACUAAGGCCACCUUCAGUCAGAAGUUUCCAAUAGAAUCGGCUCCUUGGAGAAAUCCACAUGGAAGCAGAAGUUCUCAAUCACCAGCUUUCAAGUGCCAGGAAGCCCCCACAAAAACCACAAACUCAUCACCAUCAGUGUAUGGUGAAAUUGAGAAAAGGUUGGCUGAACUUGAGUUUAAAACAUCUGCAAAGGAUCUCAGAGCUCUUAAACAGAUACUUGAAGCAAUGCAAAAGACCAAAGAAAUAUUAGAUGACAAAAAGGACCAGACCUCCAAUUUUGUAGCUCAAAUGAGCAAUAACAGCAGUCUUGAUCACAGCACCAAAUUGGCAAUCCAGAGCAACCUACAAAGUAGCAUCUCAAAUUCUCCAAAAGCCAAGGCCUCUAAAUCUCCAAAGAGUUACAAAUCACCGAUUGUCAUCAUGAAACCAGCUAAGCUUGUUGGAAAAAACAUUGAUCCCACUUCCACUGUAAGCUCAAAUAACAACUUAUUUGGCCUACCCAAGCUUCAGACAAAUGACUUAGCAGAAAACAGAAAGAAUGAUGCCAACAAGAGAACAGCAAAAUCUGUGACUCCAAAAAGAACAUAUAUUGCAAACCCCAUCAAUCAACACCAUUCUUCCAUGGAUAAAAUUCCCACCACCCAGACUUCAAAGAUGCCUCAAAAUAGUAGAGAAGACAAAGGUGCUAGCUCAGGUAAAACGUCAGGAACUUCAAGCCCAAGACUACAACAUAGGAGGUUUGUUAUGGACAGACAAGCUUGUCUGCCCAGUCCAGAUCCAACCAAAACCAGAAGACAACAAAGCAGGCAGCCAAUAGAAUCUGGUAGCCCAGGUAGAAAAUACAGGCCAAAAUCUCCCAACCCACAGCGAAGCAAUGAUCACUUGUGUGAGAGCACCACCAACAUCAGAACUUUGAGUCAACAAGAUGAUGACAGUUCUCUUCAAUCUGAAAGCAAUGCCUCAAACAGAGACAAUGAAGUCACUAGCAUUAUUCAACCUCCUAAGACACAUGACACUUACUUCAAACACAAACAAAAACAAAAAAAUCCAGCUGCAAGGUUGAGUGAAAACAGGACAACGGCAGAACCCGCAAAAGUCAUCUCAGAACAACCAAGUCCUGUCUCUGUUCUUGAUGCUGCAUUCUACAGAGAUGACUCACCAUCUCCAGUAAAGAAGAAAUCAAAUGCUUUUAAAGACGAUGAUGCUCUAUAUGCUGAUGAAGUGGAGUGGGCUACAGAGGCUCCAGCUCAAGCAUACAUGAGCAUAAAAUCAAGUCUCAGCAAAGAGAUUGAUCAUAAAAUAUCACAGGACAUCAGCCUCUUGGUUCAGAAUCCCCAACAGUUGAACUGCAUUUAUAAGGAGUCAAUCAUGUGCUCUUCUGAAUUACACUACGACAGCACAAAUCCAGACCACAUAUACAUUUUAGAUAUAUUAUCUGCCUCAGGCUUACUCAGAAAUCUUGACUUAGGUUUGACAAACAUUCAGUCCCAGCCAUCUGACAAACUGAUCAACCCUAGCUUGUUCCUUGAACUGGAACAAAUCAAGGAAAGCACACAGAUUUUAUGCAAUGAAGAAGCAAGCAAAACGCUACUCCAGCCAAUACCUGUUCAGAAAACCAAAAGAAAACUAGUGUUUGAUGUUGUCAAUGAAAUAGUAGUUCGCAAAUUAGUGGUACAGGAUUCAUUUAAGCAAUGGUUCUCACCAGAAAAACUAGGGGGGAGGAAACCAAGGGGACAGCAGCUUUUGAGAGAAUUGUGCUCAGAGGUUGACAGGCUACAGAGUAACAACUCAAAUAGAAAUCAAGAUGAUGAGGAUGACAAUUUGGGAAGCAUCUUAUGUGAAGAUAUGAUGCAUUGGUUGCUGAACUGGACAGAGUGUAGCAGUGAAAUACCAGCACUGGUAUUGGAUAUUGAGCGGUUGAUUUUUAAAGACCUGAUAACUGAAGUUGUAAGUGGUGAUGCAGCAGGGCUGCAAGGCCACACUGGAGGUCACCGCAGGCAACUGUUCUCCAAAUAGGAUUUUGUUUUAAAGAAAUAAAUGACAUCUUCCCAUUUGCUCUC